AUGAUUCAAAAUGGAGAUUUCUACAUAAUUUAUCAAGUUGCUGUUGUCAAUAAUGUAAUAAUUAGUGACAAUGAAAUCGAUGAAAAUGACGUGUUACAAGAAGAUGACAUUGGAGAAGAAGAUGACGAAGAAGAAGAUAGAGUUGUCAUCACUCAAGAACAUGAACCACCACAAGUACCUGCAACGUUUACCAAUAAUGAGGAAACAAAUGUGAUUAGUGAUGGUAAUUGGAUUGUGUCACAAUCAAUGUGCAAGAAUGAUUUUACAUGA